CUCCAACACGAAUAGACACCAGAAGCCCCAGCGGUGCCUAAACAAUCAUUUAGUGUCGUGAUGGAGUGCAGCUACUUCGCUCUUGUGUUGACUGUACUUGCUCUCGCGUUCGCCUACUUCCUCAGGAAACGUCGAGAGCAUUUUUCACUGUUCGAGAGAGCUGGAAUCGAAGGCCCUCCACCCUCCGUGAUCUGGGGGAAUAUUUGGGAAAUCUACACAAAAUCUCACAAGACUUGCCAAAAAGAAUGGCACGAAAAAUACGGACCCGUCGUCGGCUACUUUUUCGGCUACCAACCCACUCUGCUGAUCUCCGACGGUGAAAUUCUCAAGAACGUGCUGUUCAAAGACUUCCACAAUUUCGCCGAUCGUGGUGCUCUCAUGGGACGCGUCGACAGAAAUUUCGGUGCCUUGACAGAGCUCCGCGGCCAGCGAUGGAAAGAGGUACGAUCCACCCUAACGCCUUCAUUUACCUCAAGCAAACUGAAACAGCUCUGCCCUGAAGUAAUUCACAUCGUGGACGAUUUCAUGGAAAACGUCGACGCAGCACACGUGAACGGAAAAGAAUUCGACAUGUACGAGCUAUAUAAGGGACUCACCCUGGACACGAUCUGCAGAUCCGCGCUUGGUGUGGAUUUCGAGAUCCAGAAGAAUAUCGCCGAGUCCAGAAUCCUUCACGCUAUCAAAGCUUUAUUCAACUCGCCGAUGAAUUAUCUUACUGUAGCGCUCGCUUGUUUCCACGACAUUCGACGUAUCGGAGGGAGCAUGGUUUCUCGAAUUUUCCUCAGACUCGGCAACAAGGGUAGGGAUCCGGUGAACGAACUGUUGGUGCGGUGCGAAGAAGUCGUCAAGUUGCGACGCAGCAAUCCGGAAAACCGCAGAGUCGAUCUAUUGCAACUGAUGAUCGAUGCUCAGGGGUCUGAAUCCAAUGCGGACAUUUCGGCCCUGAUCGCCGGAGAUGACGCCGAGCGGCACCAAGCACAGCAAGAAAAAGGGAAGACGCUAGGCCAAUGUCCGAUUUCAAAAUCGAAAGGUCUGACGGACAAGGAAAUCACCGCAAACGCUUUUUUGGUUCUCGCCGCUGGAUAUGAAACCACGUCGUCUUCCUUGGCGUUCAUAACACGGGUCCUACUUCGCUUCCCCGAAGUGCAAGAACGUCUCCGGGAAGAGCUUCUUGAGGCCACGAAUGGGGGUCAAGUUUUCGAGUUCGAAAAACUGCAGAAAUGUCGAUUCAUGGAGUCCUUCAUCCAAGAAGUUCUCCGAAUGUAUCCCCCGAUUCACUCGUUCACUUCGAGGUACGCGAAUGAGCAGAAAAUAUACGGAGACCUGACCGUCCCUCAAGGAGUCGAUGUUCUGGCCUCAACUAUAGCCUUACAUUACAACGAAGAAGUGUUUCCGAAUCCCUGGGAGUUCCAACCCACGAGGUUUCUGCCCGAGAACAAAUCCGUGGCCAUGUCUUGGGCUUGGCAACCCUUCGGAGCGGGACCCAGAAACUGCAUCGGCAUGCGAUUUGCGCAGAUGGAGAUCAAGAUAACGCUGGCGAAAUUGUUGACCAAGUAUCGCCUCUCUUGUGACAGUGAACCGAAGGGUGACAUUCAAAUACCUACGAUGGACAGACCUGCCCUUCAGCAGAUCAGAGACCCGCUGAUGGUCAAAACAACCUUCAUUUAACUCAGAUGCUUAGCUCCGAGCGAAGAGAAGAAAUCAAGCAACCAACAUCGAUAAACUACCCGCUCGAGUA